GAGUGUUUCAUAAGAUUAGCAUAGACCUUAAACUUCCUAAUUUUCUUAUAAUCUUUAACAAAAUAAUUUCAUCGUCUAAUCCUGAAGUGUUAAAGAAGGAAAUAGUUUCUAAACAUUUAACGGAAAGAUUAUCUGAACCGCUACUUGAAAGAGCGAUUGGUGUAAUUUAUAAACCGAAUACAGAACGCUGGAGUCAUUAUUUUUCAGCAAAAUUAUCAAAGCAAUUUGAUGCAGUAAUCCAUUUGGAUGUGACAAGGGCUAUUAUCCCGAUUGACGAAUUCCAUGAAUUUAAAAAGGAAGAUGAGAAUAAUGUUCCAG